AUGGAAAAGUCUUUCACUAACGCCAAUUGGUCGGCACAUGCCAAGACAUAUAGUUCAGUAUUCAUAUCACUAACCCAUCGUUGGGCUGUGGAUUCACUUCAGAUUGCACAUCAUACAAUUCUGCACAAACUUCAGCAACACGAAGCCAAAAACUCUACCACACCGUUUCACUUUUUGGACGUUGGAUGUGGCCCAGGAGUACUGAGCUUUGAGUUUGCACGACGGUAUCUGACAAUUCCGACAAAGAUUUGCAUUACAGCCUCCGACUUAUCUGAUGGGAUGUUGCAACAAGUGAGAGACAAUCUUAAGGAAGAUCCAACGCUAUUUCCAUUCGCAUCAAAGUUUAGUACGUUACAGAGCAAUGGGUUAAUGCUAGAGGAAGUAAAUGAUUCAUCGGUUGACAUAAUUGGAUCCAACUUUGGCCUGGGAAUUUUUCCAGAUCGUGUAAAAGGUUGGGCAACAGCACGUCGAGUGUUAAAAGAGGAUGGAUUGCUAGUCAUCACGACGUGGAGUGAACAAAGCUCCCAAAUGGUCUGGUUUGAUCAGCUGACUGAAAUGUUUAAUAUUAUUGAUGGUGAAGGAGAACCGCUGGAGCGGCCAUCGUUGACCGCAGGCACGGAUCAAUUGAGGGUGUCGAAGGAGCUAAGAGAGGCUGGAUUUCGAAACGUGAAGGUGUUUUCAACUACCCAUACCAUUGUAUUUGACGAUCCGAAAGCAAUUAUACAGGCAAAUAUGAACAAUCCGGCUACUAUCAAGUUUCUAGAAAGAUUGACGAAGGAACAGAUAGAACAAACGUUGACUGAGAUGUUAGAGAAGGAUGCUCAGAAGAACUUUUACCAAGAGGAAGAAGAAACGGAAAUCGCAUCCACUGACCACAGUCUACCGCGCUUAAUUCCGUUUAUCGGAUUCACUAUUCUUGCUUGGAAGUAA